CCCCUCAGUGACAGCCUCAAGCCCCGGUUUCCCCCAGCGAGGGAGGCGGCCACCUACCCGACGCCAUCCCGGUCAGCGACCCCGGCGGGGAAAGAGGUGAGGCGGGGGGAAGACGCGGGACCCCGGACAACCCGCUCCGUCGGCCACUCGCUGACUGACUGACUCUGCCAGCAGCGGCAGCAACAGCAGCGUUGUCGACGCCGCCGUCGCUUCGGCUGCGGGGCGGCGCAGCCAAUCAGAGCGGGCGGCGCCUACCAACUGAUCAGCGCGCGCAAGAAUGGGGGGGAAAGAGAUAAAUAGGCGUGUUGGAACAUACCUAUUGACGCCCUGCAAGGGUGUGUGCGAGAGAGAAGAGAGAGCAAGAAUAUUGUUCCAAUCGAUGACGGGCGGGGAGGUUCCGUCCAUGUUCCAAAGCGGGCUGUACCACUUUUGUGUACAGAAGAGGAGAGGAAGGGACUGAAUGGAACGUACCACUGUGGCUUCAGUGAAAUAAUAGCUUUUGGGGCUCUUCAAAGCGAAGGGGAAAUGUACUAAUGCAUUAAUAUCCCAGCUUUCAGCCAAGGAGCUCAAGGCAGCAUAUAUAGUCUGUCCUCCGCCUUUUUAUUUUUUACUCACAACAACCCUGUGAGGUAGGUUAGAUUGAGAUAGUGUUCUGCCUAAUAUCUUUAUGGCAGCGAGAAUUUGAACUUGGAUCCAGUCCAAACACUGUAACCACUACACACUGGGUCCCCGUAAUUAGUGAAGAGGCAAAACUGUGAUAUUAAACUCUGUGUGUGAUAUACACACCAUUUUAGCUUGCUUAGAUUUGAAUGCUGGGGAACCUGAGAAAAUAGAAGCUUUAUACCAGGCAUUCCGUUGGAAAUGGCAAGAAACCAAAAAAUCCAUACAAUGUUGAUAUCAGCUGUUGAAAUCAGUGCAGCCAUGAAAGGUUCAGUUUACUAUCUUGAUUCAAAAUUACACCCAAUUAUAUCCAAACACAGACAAAAGUUGCCUCCUUAACCUCAGGAGCCAUCAAGCAAAAUUUAGUGACGAUAUCUUAACAAGUGUCCAAAUAAACAGAGGACCAACAAACAACUUUCCAAACUGUAGUAGAUAAAGUGUCUCUGACAGUGUGCAGAGUGCAUUUGGCUGUGUAAACAGAGCAAUUUCCUCACACAUCCUAGCAAUAAGGGUUCAUGCCUCAGGAAAGCUGUCACCUCUUUUCCCCCACAAGCAUGGUUAUUGGGGCCUUUAGCUGCUAUACAACAGAUAGAAAUUCUAAAGGUGUAGCUUUCUUGGCCAUCACCAUGCCAUAAAUUAAUAGUACUGUACAAAUCUAGUUUCUGUGCUUUUAACAGCUGCAUCACAGUCAAUGCCUCUUAACCUAAUCCACCUCAGAAGGUUGUUGUGAAGAUAGAAUGGGUGGGUGGGUGAUCUGUAAUCACCUUGCGCUCCUUGGAGGAAGGGUGGCAUAGAAUAUACUAUUUUAAAAAAUAAAAUGACAGCAAAAAUUGAGCCAAUAAAACUGGAGAAGAGUUCUGAGGGCCACACAGAGAGGUAUGGAGGGCGAAAUGUAUUGGUUACAUUGGUGGCCUUACCUUUCCAGGCUCAAUUUAAAGGUGCUGUGUUGAGUCUUUAGAGCCCUGGACAAUUUGGGACCAUGUGAUCUGAAGGACUCUGUGCACCUGUAUGGAUAUGCCCAAACUGUAAGAUCAGGAGAGGUCCUGCUCUCUGCCCUGGCGGCAAGAACCAUGAGGCUGGCAGGUAGUGGUGGGCAGGGACUUCUCAGUGGUGGUUCCACACCUCUGAAAUGCCAUAUUUGUGGAGAUACAUAUGGCAUUAUUGAUAGAACUCUGCUCAAAACAGAGUUCAAGGGGACUUACUCCCAUGAAAGUCAGUAUAAGGGGAUUAGAGGGAGGGGCUGAAUCACACUGAGUCAUUUUAUUCUGUUUUAGCGCCAAUUGUAGUUGAGCCAGCAUGCCAUAGCAUGGCUGGAGUGUCGGUCUAGGACAUGGGAGACCAGGGUUCAAAUCCCCACUUGGCCACAUGAAGCUUACUGGGUAACCUAGGGAGUCAGUCUCACUCUCUCAGCCUCACUUACUUUGCAGAGUGGUUGUGAGGAUAAAAUGGUGAGGAGGAGAACCAUGUAAGCCACCUUGAGCUCCUUGGAGAAAGAUAGCGGAACAGAAGUGAAAUAAAUAAACAAACAAAUGCUGUCUUAAGCCUUUUGUAACCUGUUUGAGUGGAUGCCUGAGGGGCAGGGCAUAAACCAUCCUAACGAAGUGCAGACAUGCAAAGAAAUGACUCAUCAGCCACAAAGUUUAGAGGGAGUGGAAGGGAGUCAAGUUCCAGCAAGCAGACUGCUAGCUGAGAGAUGGGAGAAUCCACAGGCUCACUUUACUCCUGAAACUAACUUCCUACUGGAUCAGAAGACCGGAGGGACUAAACAGAACAGCCCCUUCGUAGGUUCGGUGAAGAGGAGGGUCAGUUUCGGGUCUGGCUGCCAGGGAAAAUUGUGAGUAACACUCUCUCCCUGUUUUAAGAAAACAGAGGUCUUUUCCCAUCAUUGCUGAUGUGAACAAAGAUGGCUUCUCUCUCGCCGGGAGGGCAGAGAGAGCAACAAAUCUGGAAGGAAUUAAGCUACAGUGGUAGCUUGGGUUAAGAACUUACAUAAUUCGUUCCGGAGGUCCGUUCUUAACCUGAAACUGUUCUUAACCUGAGGUACCACUUUAGCUAAUGGGGCCUCCAGCUGCCGCCGCACGAUUUCUGUUCUCAUCCAAAGCAAAGUUCUUAACCUGAGGUACUAUUUCUGGGUUGGCGGAGUCUGUAACCUGAAGCGUAUGUAACCCGAGGUACCACUGUAUUUGCAAUGUAUUUUAUCCAGUCUGCUGGGACAAGAACAUGCUGUGUGCUUUGCCUUCUUCUCUCUUUCCCUUUGUUAGAGUGUGAUGCUGAUAAUGCAAAGGUUGCAGGUUUGAUCCCUGUUUCGGGCUCCUGUGUAUUUCUGCAGGGUCUCCUCCAGUUCUACAAUUCCAUGAUUCCAUUAAUCUCCCCCUCCCCAGCUGCCCCCUGAAUGUUAUUUUCUGCUUUCUUUUCUUUUGCAAGGGACCUUGGCACUGAGCAAAAGUGCCUCCUGCAACAAAAUGUUGCAGCAUUAUCGGCACUCCUUACAGGAGUGCUCCUGUUCAAUGUGCUAGCCAGCUAGCCAGGCUCUCCUUCAGCAGACCAUUCCCUGUCUUUUCCUUUUCCAGCUGACAUACAGCAUUCCAGGGCUGCUGGAUACGCACAGUCCUUAUUGGGUUGGGCUUCUGAGAAGGGGUGGGGCUGGCUUUCUCAUUUGUUUUCCAUCAUUUUAUUUUAUUUUUGUGUUGCUGCAAAUCUCCACAUUCCUGCAGAUAUAUUCUGAUGCAGCCCACUGGUUUCUCAGUAGACCACAUUUAGACUCCAGUCAACACUUGGCCACUUGAGUUUUCUAUUAGAGGGAUAACAAUAAUCAUUCCGCACUUGUAAGACGUUGCUCUGUUAGUGUGGAAGCAUCUGUAUUGUGGAACUUCCUGCCUAUUGACAUCCGGCAGCCAUGCCUUUGCUGUACAGUGGUACCUCGGGUUACAUACGCUUCAGGUUACAGACUCCACUAACCCAGAAAUAGUGCUUCAGGAUAAGAACAGAAAUCGGGCUCCGGCGGCGCGGCAGCAGCAGGAGGCCCCAUUAGCUAAAGUGGUGCUUCAGGUUAAGAACAGUUUCAGGUUAAGAACAGCCCUCUGGAACGAAUUAAGUACUUAACCCGAGGUACCACUGUACACUCUUCAGUGCCUCUUAAAAACAUUUUGCCUUUCCAGCCAUGUACUGUAUAAUGUUUAGCGUAUAGCUGGUUUUAAUUAUUUUUGAAUGUUUUAGUAGUUCUUUUUAACUGAUCAUUUCGCUGUUUUAUUCUUUUCGUAAACCUCUUGGAGAUUUUAUUUAGAGUUGCCAUACAUCUGGGAAAUCCCCGACAUGGCCUCUUUUGGGGGGGCCUACAUGCCUAUCUGGGGGAAUUUUCAAUGUCCGGGGUUUGGGGGUGUGUGUUGUGAGCUGAUGGCUUGGGUUCAGGCUAUGGCUCUGGGUUUGGUGUGGGUGCCUUGGCAGUGGUGGAUAGCUGGGGGGUGAGCUCAACAACUCUGCCCCCCCCCCCCAAAUCUCAACAACGUUUUUGGCGAUCACCCAAAAAAUGCUCAAGAAAUGUCCGGAUUGAUACCUCUUGAAAUACGGAGUUAUAAAUUCAUAGUAAAUCAACCGUACAUCAGAUUUACACUGGUCCACUUUUAUUUUGCUCCAUGAAGGAAGGACUAUCAAAGGGGGACGGUUUGAUACAGGACGGCCAUAAUCCCUUAAGCGUACCAACACGUACUCAGGAGCCCUACCCAGUUGGCAUGACAACCUUGAUGGUCCCAGACAGAAGACCAUCAAGGUCACAAAGGACUUGCAUAUGGGAGUGGAUUCAACAUGGACUGGAACAAAGCACAAUGAUCAGAUCUUCCAUCUGGGGGCAGGAAACUGCCAACUCCCCUUUGUCCUCUGGAAAUGACUCAUGGGGAGGAGGAAAGGAGGAACCAGCCAGGUGACAAGAUACUCAGGUUACCACCACAACUCUUCCCUCAACCCCUCCUUUUUGUGUCAGUGAUGUAGUCAUGAUGUAGUUGUGAUGUAGUUCUAGGGGUGUAGCUUAGGGGAUUAGUAACUAAUAAAAGUUGGGGUCUUCUUUUGUUCUGGGCUUCCAUUUUGUUUCACCUGGUGGCAGGUGGGAGUCCUGUCAUGACAGUCUUCAAUAAAGACCAAGCCUACUGGCUGCUGUUUUGCUCUGGUAUUCCUGGCUGGUGUCCUUGUUUUUUGUCCAAGGGAGCCCUCGGAUUUCUCCAUUAACAACGGCAACCCUGUUUUAUUACAAUUGAGCUGUGUAUCAAUUUUGUGAAAUGAAUUUUCUUAAAGCAGACCCAUUGAAACGAAGCGAACCAAGUUAGUCAUAUCCAUUUACUUUCAACGGGUCUACUUUGCAGUGUUUUGUUUCUUUAUAUACCAUUUUUUGGCUGAAGGGAAAGGCCCCCCGAGGCGGCUUACAAAUAAUAAAUAGAUACAGAAGAACACAAAUUCGAAAACAAAAACCCUAAUAUUUCAAAAGUAUUUCAAAUAUCCAUGGUCCUGCCAAAAAGGCAAAGCGCAUUCUCUACAAAAGCAUCAAGAGAGGAAAAGAGCAGAAUGCUUAAGCAUCAGCUCUUCCUUAUGAGAAAAGCCCUAGCUCAGGGGUUCAAUCCCAGUUUCAAUCCCUGCUGGCAUCUCCAGGUAGGGAUGCGAGAGAUUCUUGCCUGAAAUUCUGGAGAGCUGCUGCCAGUCAGUGUAGGCAGUACAGUGGUACCUCGGGCUACAUACGCUUCAGGUUACAUACGCUUCAGGUUACAGACUCCGCUAACCCAGAAAUAUUACCUCGGGUUAAGAACUUUGCUUCAGGAUGAGAACAGAAAUCGUGCAGCAGCAGCAGGAGGCCACAUUAGCUAAAGUGGUGCUUCAGAUUAAGAACAGUUUCAGGUUAAGAACAGACCUCCAGAACGAAUUAAGUUCUUAACCCGAGGUAGCACUGUACUGAGCUAGAUGGACCAAUUGUUUGACUCUGUAUAAGGUAGCUUCCCAUGUUCCUGUAAGUGUCCCAGGCAGGGGGAUUGGGCAAAGCACGUGGAGAUGCUUGUGUCUUGUGAUAGUUCCAGCAGUCUCUGCCCUGUAAGACUAUUGCUGGACACAGUUCACUGAAAGAUUGUUAAAGCUGCAGAUUUGCUCUGUGUUUCAUCACAGUUCUAUUAAAGAUGUAUGUAUCCAAACCCUGCAGGUGCAGCCGGACAGCAUGGCUUCAAGUAUCGCGCCUCUGCUGGGCCUGUUCCUCCUCACCAUCUCCACCACCAGCGUCUCCCACGCUCAAAGCUCAAAGGCCUUCCAGAGGAAGCACGUCACAUUCCUGGAUCACAUAGACCACAACCAAUGCAACAGUGAGAUGCGGAACAAGCGGAUCUCUCAGACCGAGAACGGGUGCAAGCGGCUCAACACUUUCAUCCAUGCUCCUGAGCAAGUUGUCGACCAGGCGUGCACGGCGGGGGAGCCAUACGUGAUCCGGAACCAGGAAUACAAAAAGAGCCCCAAAAAGUUCCGCAUCACAAACUGCAGGCUCUCUCAGGGACAUGGGGACGACUGCGAGUACGUGGCGGAAGCCAGCAGCUUGAGAUACAUUGUUGUGGCUUGCGACCAAAACGGCCGGCCGGUCCAUCUGGAGAGGACGCUCACCGAUGCAGCUGCCGGAAAGCCAGACGACAAGCAGCCGAGUUUGAACCCAACCAAGAAACCGUCUAAUUCUGCAAGUGUAAUAAGCGCCCAUUGGGUUCGAGGGCAGGGACGUUGGUGCAUGGGGCGUUUGGGGGGAGUGCUGCUGUCUCUUUCCUUUGUCCUCUUCUGGUGCCUUUAAGAAGGAAAUCAUUUGAAGACAAGCUUGUGUCUGCUGCAUUUCCUCUGGUCCGGCUCCUGUGGAAGACACAAGAGUGCAGGGCUGGUAGGAAAUGGUGAAAGCCAGGGAGCCCCACAAUUCCUGUUGCCACACUUGCACAGUGAGCGUCUUCUUCUGAGAAGACCCAAGGAGCCCCGCAGGAUCAGACCAAGGUAUAUCUAGACCAGCAUCCUCCAACCAACCAAUGGCCAGCCAGAUAUUCACAUAAGAAGAACUUGCUGGUCAGGCCAAUGGCUCACCUGGUUCAGCAUCUUAUUAUCAUGGUGGCCAAGCAGAUGCCCCAAAGGGAAACCCACAAGAAGGACCUGAGCCUGAGAGCCCUCUCCCCUCCCGUGGCUCCCAGCAACUGGUAUUCAGAAGCAUUGCUGCUUCCGAUUGUGGACUUCUUUUGCUCUUUCUGAAGCUUUUCAAAUUUUACAAAACCCUUUGUAACCAGAACUGUGCACAAUAUUCCAAAUGCAUCUGCCACAUAGAUUUUUAUAACAACAUUAUGAUAUCUGUAUUUCCCCAUACACUGGAGAGGGGCAGGGUCCUGGCAGCUGGACGUUUGAUCCAGCUGUUUUGGGACUAUAAUUCCCAUCAUCCCUGACCACUGGUCCUGUUAGCUAGGGAUGAUGGGAGUUGUAGUCCCAAAACAGCUGGAAGGCCAAGAUUGGCCAUCACCAAGCUAAUAACUUCCAACACUUUGUGGUGCUCUGGCGGCAACACAUGUUUAGGGGUUAGGCCUGAGGAUAAUUUCUGCAGAAGAGAACACUGCCUGCCUUCCUUUUAAUACUUAAAUAGUGAAUAUAUUUGGCCAAAAUAGCAUGUUGGUGGACUGGGAGGGUGUAUCCAUUCAAUAUAGGUAAUUUUUCUUAUCUCCAGUAUUUAGCUCUUGCUGCAGGAACUAUUGAAGAAAAUAGUCCUUGAUCUUUUCGAAUUACAUUUAUUGCAUAACUCAAUAAAAUAAGUUCUAAACUGGCA